GUUUUUGAUACAUGACGUCUGGGCAUCUGUAUGUCAUACCUGAUCAUAGUUGCACAUUGUAUCUGCAUUGCGAAUAUAUAUAUAUACAUAUGCGUGUGUAUAUACCAAGAAAAGGGUGAAAAAUUACCAUUACAGUGCACGAAAUAAAAGUUCAGAAGUAAUUAGAAGCAUUGAUCGAAAGUUGACACGUUAACAACGGAAUAAUAUCACUUUGUGCGUUGUAUUGGGUAAUACCAUUUUUUUUACCCAUCUCCUAUCAAUAGAAUUAACUAAAAGUUUUACGCGUGAUUAUAAAGUGCCCAUCCGUGGGCCGAGAAAAUUGUAAAAAUUGCGUAUAUUUCGCGAGAAGAUAUGCCAGAUAGUGGUGCUGUUUAUCAACCUACAACAGUAGGUUACACAUAUGAUAGCGGAGGUGACGGUGCUGUAGGUGGUAGCAGUUUAAGAAGUGGUUUCUGGAGAGUUAUAUCAAGACAUAAACUCAGCUCUAGGAAAUGGUUCGAAUGGGUAUUACUCUCGGUUGCUUUAUCUUUUUUCAUUGCUGGUUUAACGAUGAUGCUGGUCAGUUUUGUAUCCGAUGACACAUCACAAGAAAAUAAAAUAGAGAUCAUAAGAAAGGUAAACGAGAAUCCAACUACAUCUGCAACAAGCGUUGAAGAACAUAUUGAAGAUGCUGCAAAAAGUUCCAUAGCAUUAGGUGCUAGCAUGAUGUUAGUAGGGCUUCUAUUGGGUUUCGGUUGGGCCUGGCUGCAUUUCUUCCGUCGUGGUAAAUCUCCAAGAGGUGGAAUGGUUGGAAGUAGUGGUCAGAUGUUGGGCGGUUUGAAUCCAUCAACUGACUUGCUGGUGGGUUCCACUUCGCAGUACGGGCCGGUACUAACGGAGUUGCCGAGUCAACUGAAGCUGAAGCAGACAAGUUCGCAUGAUACUCCAGCAAUACCACUUUCUGAUCAGGAAGAAGAAACGCGUACCUUAAUGCAGGAUUCUACAAUUCCUUCGGUUGUCUCCACUGGUCCUAAUACCAUUGCUAAUCAGAUUCCCGGUUGAGUACAAAGGUUAAAUGCGUCGAUGUGUAGUAAGAACACACGAUGCGAACAUUCUUUUAAUUUUAUGUGAACCAACCUUAAUCACAAUUUUUGUCAUUUUUGUGAAUUAUGUGGUUUAUUUACACAGGCGAAUUAUUCUUUCUUUAUCUUUUCUAGUAGUAAUUUUAAUUGAUGACGAUACAUAUAAAUUUAUUUGAACAGUUUUGCCUGACUUUAAAAUGUAAAAAAUUUUAUUUCCGUAAAUUAUCAGCACAAGUCAUAGCGUAACAUAUCAUUUACCAUAUUUUUCUUAAAUUUUAUCUUUUAGUUUGUAUCUAUGCAUUCCUCCACUCCGUCCAUUAUCAUUGGUAAUAUGUUAGAUAAGCAUUGAAUCCAGAUAUUACAUAUAGUAAAUUUUAGAAGAAUUUAUUUACAAUGCAAUAUAAGCUAUUUAAAAAAAUAUAUUAUUUUGAUUAUUAUUUAAAUACAUAGCAUGUUUAAUAGUAAUACUAAUAUCGGUUGUCUUGAUAUAAUAGUAAUUUAUAUUAGCACAUUAUUGGUCUGAAUUGGCCAGUUAUGAAUGCAUGUAUAAACAAACGAUAUUUUGUAUUAUUCUGCCCAGUUUAAUAUGAUGGCAGCAUUAAGUGUGACUGACAAUAUUUGUAACAAACUAUUUGCUCACCUUAUAUGUAUGUAUAUGGGAAAAAAUGAGCUCUAACACAAGGUGGUAUUAGGAAAAUAAAGGUAUGUGUAUAUAUUAGGAUAAAGUACAUAAAGUAUAAUACAAAGUAAUCCCAUCUUUUCAAAAUAAAUUGGUAUGGUUGUGAUAUGGAGCAGUGAAGGGAAAUACACUGCACAAUUUUUGUUAUAUUACUUUAUCGUUUUUAUACUUAUGUUAUUUAUAGUUAAUACUUCUAAUUACAUACAAUUUAAUUAGUAUAUAUAUAAUAUAAUAUAUAUAUAAUAUAUAUAUAUAUAUAUACUAAUAUACAUAUAAAUACUUUUUACAAUAUAAGUAUUUUAACACUUUGAUGAAAUUUUGGACUCUGUUUUACUGACUUUUCGUAUACCUAUUGAGACUGGGUAAUAUUAUGUAUAUAUAAGAUAAUCUGUGGUUAAGCCAUUCUGACUAUCAGCUACAAAUUUUAAAUGAUUAUUGAAAUUUCUAAAUAAUAAUCUUUAUUUAUAUAUAUAAUUUUACUUAAAUUUGAAAUUGCAUUUACAAAACAAAAGAACAAUUUCCAUUGUAUAAAAUAAUAUCAUUAAAUUUUUGUCUAUCACUCAUUUUUUUAUAUAUAAGUUUCAUUUUUUCCUUUUUUUUUUUUUUAAUUGAUCUAUUUUAUUCGUUAUAAUGUAAUAUAAUUCGUUAAAAUAACACUUCACAAAUAUGAAUAUUUAAAACAAAAAAAUUAAAUAAGUAUCUGUCUGGAUUCAAUGCUACCAUAGAAUGAAUAUGCAUUAACAAUAAUAUUAUUUCAAUGAUUUAUGUGAAAUCCAUACUAUAUUAGUUAAUGAUUUAUUCAUUCAUUUAUGUAAGUAUUUUUAUUAAAUAAGAAAAAUAAAUAAUUAAAAAGUGA